AAACUUUACAAAUUAAAGAGCCACUACUGGACUAAUUAUUAUUCCACCCUGAAAAUCUCUGUUUAGUGGUUCCCUUGAUGCUUGACACAAGGAGCUACCUUUCAAUCAUUUUACGCACUUGUGGGCUUAAAAAGUAUAUGAGAUAAAGAGGUGGGUUUUCAGUGAGCUCACAGAUUAUCACUUCCUUGGAAAGGCAGCUCCUUCGGUGGAGGAAGUACUAUGUGAGUUUGAGGUUCCUAGGCUCACCUUAAAAGCCCAGCUUUCCGGUUUUCCUAUUUUUGUGUAAUAGGGUACCAAAGCUGUGUUUGAGAAGAAGAGUUUUGUUUUCAAAGCAGCAGGCCCCCUUUCUUGGAAUUUUUAUUUCCUUCUGGAAAGGUUGAGUAAUUGUAGUAAUCCUUUAGGGGUCCACAGUGAUGUUUUCGUUGUAAAUGCCACAUCUUGAGUGAAUAUUCCUGUAAAUUCUUGUUAAAUAUGGCUGAAAUUAGACUUACAAGGGUAGAACAAGGCCAAACCAAGAUCAGAAAUGUUCCAAUUGCCGUGACCCCAGAAGGUUUUUGGUGUUGUCCUUCUCCUGUUGUGUUUCAAAAGACCCUCAAAGCUCAAAACCCUCUAAACAAACCAAAACCCUCCUCAUCGCCACCCAAGAUCAAUGUCCAGAAGAAACAGACCCCAGUGACUGAAAGAAAACCAACUCUAACUCCAUCAAGGCCUGGAAUUAUUUCUGAUGAUCAACGAACUUUUGGCUCUGAUACACCCGGCUUUAGUGUGCCUGUGGCUGCUGAGAGAGCACCGAGACCCAAAAUUGAAAAUUUGCCGAGGAAAGUGGCAAUUGAGUUUGGUGAGCCUGGAACCAGUGAUAUGAAGGUGAUUUUACUCGGAAAGCAGGGAUUUUGUGUGAAGUUGAGCGUUCACAAGAAUAUUCUAGUGGAGAAUAGCCGCUAUAUUGCUGAUAAGCUUUCUGAACAGUCUGGUUUGUCCUUUCUGGAAAUCGACGAUUGUGAGGAUGUUGAGAUAUAUGUUGAAACUGUGGGACUAAUGUAUUGCAAAGAAAUUAAGCAAAGGCUGAUCAAGCAAAGUGUUUCGCGUGUACUCCGCAUUCUCAAGGUCGCAGAACUACUUGGUUUCAACUCCUGCAUGCAGUCAUGUUUAGAAUACUUGGAAGCAGUCCCUUGGGUUGGGGAAGAAGAAGAAAAGGUGGUUUCGUCAGUUCUACGACUCCAGGGUGAGGGUGUUGGAGUCACCCCUGUAUUGAAACGAGUUUCUUCUGACAUCUCCAGAUCCCCUAAAGACACACUUUCACAAAUAAUUGACCUUGUUCUCAAAAGCAAUGAGGAGCGAGGCCGACGGGAAAUGAAAUCAAUAGUGCUGAAGCUCCUUAGGGAGAAUAACAGCCUCCCAAGUUAUGCAGGUUCAGCUGACAUCUGCAAUGAAACACUUUACAGCUCAUGUAAAAGCUGCUUGAAUUCGCUUUUGUCUUGGUUUAGACAGGCUGCUGAACCAGGGUUUGCUGAUAAACCUAUGGACAGAAAAGAACCUGUAGUGAAGCAAAUAGCUCUAGAGGCUGAUAACCUUUCCUGGUUGGUUGAGAUUUUAGCUGAUAGGCAGGCAGCAGAUGAAGUUGCUCUAUUGUGGGCUGGCCAGCAAGAGUUGGCUACCCUGCAUUCAAAGCUGCCUAUUGUGUCUCGCUAUCAUGUUAGCUGCAUCACAGCAAGGCUAUUUGUUGGCAUUGGAAGAGGCGAGCUCCUGCCUUCAAAGGACACCCGUCAAUUGCUAUUACAAACCUGGUUAGAGCCAUUGAUUAAUGACUACAGCUGGUUACAACAUGGGUGCAGGUCCUUUGAUAGAAAGGUUGUAGAGGAAGGAAUUGGUAGGACAAUCCUCACCCUGCCUCUAGAGGAGCAGCAGAGUAUUUUGCUUUCUUGGUUGGGCAGUUUUUUGAAGGCUGGUGAUAACUGCCCAAAUCUUCAGAGAGCCUUUGAGGUCUGGUGGCGGAGGACAUUCAUUAGGCCUUACAUGGAAGCACAAGGUACUCUUUUGCAGUCAGAUAGCUCAAUGGCAUCACCAGUAGUAGAGCUGAAGAAAUAUCCACAUGAGUGAUUGUACAGUUGACUAUACAGGGAUUAUCUUUCACAAUCUGCUGAACUUAAGGUUUAUAAGAACAAAAGAUGAUGAUUGUCUCUCUUUAGCAAAGGCAGAUGUGGCAGAUCCCCUUAGGAGUGACACUGGCGUGGUGACUUGUGUACUGAGCUUCAUGCAUAAUCUUUUGAUUAAUGCUUAUAGGGAUUGCAAGAAGUUCCUUUUGGUUUGGUGGAUGUGGGUUGAUCGCUUCAUGUAGGAAAUCCUGAAAAGGAAUGUGAUUGAUAAGUCGUUGCUUCUUGUGAGUUUUUUUUUUUAUCUGAAUGGAUAAGAUUGAAAUCAUCAAUGGUGACAUGACCACUACAUAUAUGAUGUUUGUAGUUACAGCCAUGAAACUGAUUCCCAUACUGUCUUUGUGUUGUUUGGUUUUAAUGCUCAUUUACUCCUAAUUUUUCUUGU